AAAAAUAAACUGUCCACUAGUUUGAUUGAAGUAUGCCUGCUGGAGUUUCAUGGAAAAGAUAUUUAACAGUAACAGCAGCUGCAGUGUUUUCAAUGUUACUGGGAUCUCAGUUUACACACAGUAUAUAUAAACCACUUGCUGGAUUUCAGGAAAAAGUAGAAAUACGUAAAGCAGAGAUCAGAGCAAUGCAAGCCAAAGAAGAAGAAAUUGAAGGUUAAGGUCACAUUUAAAAAAGAAAACAUUGAUACUGUGUACUUUGCUAUCUUAAUCUUUUUUGGUGUGCAGUUUAAUUUGUUUAUUGAAACAAUGGCUCUUAAUAUAGCUUUCAAAGUGUUGAGACUAAAUAGAUUAUGCAGUGUUAACUUUGGUCAGAGAGUUUGUUGUUUAAACUCCAAGAUACCAAAUGAACCCCAGUGGAAGGAAAUAAACCCAAAGAAUCUUCCUCCUGUCCCAGACCUUACAGAUGAAAUGAUUAAUCAUCUUGAACGACUGUCAUUAGUGGAGGUGAAUAAUAAAGCAGGUGUAGACAGGUUGCGGAGUGCUAUAGAAUAUGCAAAUCAGUUAUAUAUGGUUAAUACAGACGAUGUAGAACCUAUGUAUUCAGUGUUAGAGGAUCGUGAACUCCUGCUUCGUGAUGAUAUUGUGACAGAAGGUGGAUGUAAAAAAUCUAUUCUUCAAAAUGCAGUGAAACGUGAUGAAGAUUAUUUCGUCGCACCUCCUGGAAAUAUUCCGCUGAGCCAGGAGGAAACUAAAACAUUUCACACUGAAACAUCCUAGUAUUAUAUAUCUGUAGAAGAUUUAAUGUCAAUUAAAACUGUCUGAUUUAUACUAUUUUGUACAAAUUGGAAUUGACAUUUUUAAGGAUUUAAUGACAUUAUUUGUUAAUGUUUAUAACGUUGUAAGGGAUAAUAAUUAUACGAUUUCUGAAACAAUAAACCUUAUCAUGAAAUAAGAAAUAAAAAUAUUUGAUUAUAAAGUAUCUUUUAAAUAAUUUUGGUGUUAUUUAAUGUUAAUAAUGCUAAAUUCAAAUUAAAAAAUUAAUGUUGAUUAUGAUUAUAUGAAAGUUUGUUAAGUUGUUAUUUUAUCAAUAAUCCAUUAUGUAUGGUAAAUAUUUUGUGCAAAUUAACUUCAAUAGCUGUCUAUUUUAUCAUCACUCAGAACAGCUUUCUUAGAAUAUGUAAAUAUGACUGCCCUAUUUGUGAUAUACAAAAGUAUUGGUUUAAAUUUCAACAGCCCAUUAUUUAAUUAACUUCUCUGUUGAACUGUCUAUUGAUUAUUUGUUGCACAUAAAUGUGUAAAUAAAGGAUUUAUCAG